GUGUGGACCAAAUUGGCAGUCCUGAGUCAUGAAGUGAACGCAUGCAUUGUCAAGUGGAGAACCGACGAAAGCGACGCCGAAGCUUAUCUACUCGAAAAUCCGCCUCAUCCUCCGCUCACAGACCGCCCCUUCACCCCCUGACCGUCCCAUCGGUCUCCGCUCAAUCUCGUAGAACUCAUAGACAUAGCUGACUACUCCCCCAGGGCGAUUUGACUUAGUUGUGGGCUGCGAGUGAAUUAAGAUGACUGAGGAAGCGGAACAGGUAAACAGUUAAAACACUCAAAACGAUCAAACAAACUCACAAAUAGACAAAACUAUCGGGGAAAAGGAAGGGCAUCAAGCAAGCAACUUAAGAGCGAAACCACAGACUGACAAUUCAGACCAAUCCGGGCUGAUCACACACACGACACGCCAGGCCAGAUUGAGCGAACCCAGGCUAGCAUCCAUCCGCCCACCACGCCCAUCUUAGCCUAGCAUGGCGUUUCGGGGAGGACCGCCGCCCGGAUUCAUGCCGCAGCCUAUGUAUGGACACGGAGGGCAUGGCGGCAACGGGGGUCCGCCCAAUAUGAUGGGUCAUCCGCCUCGAUUUCGAGGCUCGGGCCCGCCUCACAUCAUGGCUCGCCCGGCCAUGGCCAUGGAAGUGCCUACGGGCCCGCCGGUGACGGUUUUCGUGGGUAAUAUCACGGAGCGCGCUCAAGAUGCCAUGAUUCGACAUUUGUUGACCACGUGCGGGUCCGUGAUUCACUGGAAACGCGUCCAAGGCGCCACGGGCAAACUCCAAGGCUUCGGGUUCUGCGAGUACGCGAAUCCGGAUGCGGCCGCCCGUUCGAUUCGUAUUUUGCACGAUAUGAUGAUUGGUGACAAGCGUUUGGUGGUCAAGGUGGACUCCAAGACCCGGGAUGUGUUACACGACUACAAGCGACAACGGCAGAAGAAAAUGAUGGGCGGGAAAUCGCCGCCACCCGUGGAGGAUGGCGCCGUGAUGAUUGGUGACAAGCGUUUGGUGGUCAAGGUGGACUCCAAGACCCGGGAUGUGUUACACGAUUACAAGCGACAACGGCAGAAGAAAAUGAUGGGCGGGAAAUCGCCGCCACCCGUGGAGGAUGGCGCCGAGAUCAAGGACGAAGAGUUCGUGGAUCCGGCCAUGCGUCACGAGGAUCAAAUGGCCAUGGAACGUAUCAGCGCCAUCCUCCAAGAUCAUAGCCAAGAGAUGCAAAACUACGUCCCACCUGAGGUGAAAAAAGCCGAUAAAAAGAAGAACAAUGAGGACUACCAAACCGGUCCCAAAGAGUCUUUGGACGACGUGGAAAUGGAAGAUGGCAAGCGCGACAUCAUUCAUCGAGAAAUUGACAAGUUCCGAGAAACCAUGAAAAUCCGGGAAAAAGAAAAAGAAGAGGAGAAGAAGAAGCGGGAAGAAAUAGAUGGUCCGCCGCCCGACGAGCCUGAACGACGCGAUACUCGAAAACGCGAACGUAGCAUCAUUACCAUUCGAGACAGUCGUGAACGCUCCAUUCACAGCCGUCGACGGACCUAUUCUCGCUCCCGAAGUCGAACGCGAACCCCGCCCCCGCCACGAAUGGAGCGCCGGGAACGGUUGGAUCGAAGCGAUCGAGGUGGGAGUCGCGGUGGGGAUCGCGGACUCAAUCGAGGAGGCGACCGGGGUGCUAACCGAGGCGGUGACCGCGGCAUGCGUGGUGGGCGAGAUCAGGCUGAUGCUCGCAUGCGAUCAUCCCGAUCGCAUAGCUACCGUCGAUCACGAUCCAGAAGUCGGUCGCGAUCACGCUCUCGGGAUCGAGGGGGCCGUGAUCGCGAAAAUAAGUCCUUGAAAGAACGUGAGAUGGAGGAAGAGGAGAAAGAAGCCCUCAAGGCGGAAAAGAAGGCUCGCGAAAAAGAAGCCAGUUACCAGGAGCGCCUGAGAAAAUGGGAGCUGCGGGAAACGAAAAUGGCCAAAGAUAACCGGAGUUCANAAGAAGCCCUCAAGGCGGAAAAGAAGGCUCGCGAAAAAGAAGCCAGUUACCAGGAGCGCCUGAGAAAAUGGGAGCUGCGGGAAACGAAAAUGGCCAAAGAUCACACGCGUUUUCGCGAAAAGGAACUCAAAAGGCGGGCUGAUAUCGAGAAAGAAGCUCGCAAGCUCCGACAAUUCCUCGAGGACUACGAAGACACCCGAGAUGACGAGAAAUUUUACAAGAACCGAGAGUUGGAGAAACGACUAUUGGAGCGUGAGCGUGAAGCUCAAAAAGACACAGAAGACCGCCUCCGCGAGAAGGAAGAAAUCGAAGAGCUCAAAGCGCAAAUCAUGAAAGAGGGCUUUCAAGAUCCUAAUGCCGAGCUUCAGCGGCGGAUGAUGAUUGCCUCGGCCAUUCAAGCUGCUGCCACGCCCGACGUGAUCAUUCCCCAGGCAUCUACAGCGUACGACGAUGACGACGAUAUCGCCGUGAUCGAGCCGAACGGCAACUCUUUAGAAGCCAGCCCGGACGACUUUGAUAGUGAACCUUUACCCGAAUACCAUCAUGAACCUCCUUCCCACCUCAGUGAGCACGACAAUACCAGCAACAUGAGCGAGCAUCAUCCCAUGAUAUCUGUGAUCCGCCCACCAGUAUCACCCCCCACCCAAACCACGCCCCCACAUCCUUCCGCCCAAGCUGUGCCUGCUCCUGCUGACUCGCCUCGGAAUAACGUGAUGGAGCCCUCCUCGGACUCGAAUCCCCCUACCAUUGUUCCCCCUACUAUUAAACAACCGUUGCAGGUCAGUGGUCGAAAGAAGCUCGAGGUUAGUCAAGUGUUCUCGCAAGCUGAUGACGACGAGAGCGUGUCUCCAUCCAAGAAGAAGAAGCUUCCAUCGUUGUCCGGUAAUCGGAAAGACGAGUCGUCCUCAAGCACCCACAAAUCUGGCAGUGAGGACAAGCGAAAGCACAUCAAAACCCUCAUUGAAAAGAUCCCGACGGACAAAGAUUCGCUGUUUGAAUACGGUAUCAAUUGGGACCUAGUUGACCAACAUCUCAUGGAGCGGCGGAUCCGUCCUUGGGUCAGCAAAAAGAUUGCCGAAUACAUUGGUGAGCCCGAACCCGCCCUCACGGACUUUAUUUGUUCCAAAGUUCUGGCUGGAUCCACGCCUAAAGCCGUGAUUGAAGAUGUUCAAAUGGUCUUGGAUGAAGAGGCGGAUGUGUUUGUCGUGAAACUCUGGAGGUUGCUCAUCUAUGAGAUUGAAAACAAGAAACAUAAGAUGACAUCUGGUUCCAAGGGCUGAUCUGCCAAGCUGGAUUUGGGCCAUCAUUAUCACCACCACCAUCCACACCAACGACCGGUACAACCACAGCACCAGUAGCAUUAUCGCCAAUGUGUAUCUUCUGAAGAGAACAAAAUCCAAUCCGGGUUUCAGGUAGCUUCAUAAACAAUUUCUUUUCGAGUUUGUGGUGCCAAGGUUUGUUCGUACCUGACUGAAAUAAGUAGGUCCCUUAUUUGGGGUUUGACCAGAUGCCCUCGUGUCCCUUUUGUGAGGUACGCCUCUACUUGAAUGCCCUUCUGUUUCGAUGCUCAAGUCAUCGCCAAUCAGUGAGGAUCUACGAGAUCCGACCAUUUAAAAAAGAAGUUUGGAGCGCAUUUUGCUAUCGCGUUGAUUUUGUUGGAUGAGUCAAUAAAAGUUAUCAAAUUCAUAACGAAUUGGA